CGCGGGGAGAGGCCGCCCCCGGAGAAUUCGCGCCUCCGGAGCUCCGGGCGGCUGGGGGCAGAGCGCUCUCCUCCCUGGCCCGGCCCAGCCCGCUCCUCCCUGCCCCUCGCUCCUCUCCUCCCUCCCACUUUCCUUUUCCCUCGUUCCCUCCCUGGCAGGGCGUACUUGAGUCCAAGGCAGGAUCAAGUUCCCCGCCUUCCCGUCCAAAAAUCGCGCCAACGGAGCCGCAGAGCCCAGGCAAAUCCAAAGUGGAGAGAGGGGGAGAAAGAAACCAGUGAGUCAACGGCGCGAGGCGGGAGAGCAGCCGCCGCCCAGGCAGGAGCAGCCCGGAGCCGCACCUGGACCGGCAGCCGCGAACCCAAGCGAACCGCGCCCGCGACCAAGGCAGCCGAGCGCAGCCGGCGUGGACACCUGAGCCUCCAAAAUGCAGUCCCAACAGUACCAGCAGCAGCGUCGAAAAUUUGCCGCUGCCUUCUUGGCAUUCAUUUUCAUUUUGGCAACUGUGGACACUGUCCAGGCGGGGAAGAAAGAGAAAGCAGAAAAAAAAGUGAAGAAGUCAGACUGUGGAGAAUGGCAGUGGAGCGUGUGUGUGCCCACCAGUGGCGACUGUGGGCUGGGCACCCGGGAGGGCACUCGCUCUGGUGCGGAGUGCAAGCAAACCAUGAAGACCCAGAGAUGUAAGAUCCCCUGCAACUGGAAGAAGCAAUUUGGAGCUGAGUGCAAAUACCAGUUCCAAGCCUGGGGAGAAUGUGACCUGAAUACGGCCCUGAAGACCAGAACUGGGAGUCUGAAGCGAGCCCUCCACAAUGCUGAUUGCCAGAAGACAGUCACCAUCUCCAAGCCCUGUGGCAAACUGACCAAGUCCAAGCCUCAAGAAUCUAAGAAGAAGAAAAAGGAAGGCAAGAAGCAGGAGAAGAUGCUGGAUUAAAAGACGCCACCUUCUGAGGAACAUGAACAGGACAUCAGCAAACAGGAUCAGUUAAUUAUUGCAUUUAUACCUACUGUAGGCUUUUUAUUCAAAAUUAUGUAUAGCUUAAGUACACAAUAGGUAAAAACAAAGAGGAAAAGAAAAUUUUUGUAGUAGCAUUUUUUAAAAUGUAUACCAUAGUACCACUAGGGGCUUACAAUAAAGGACUGUAAUCCUAUUUAGAAAGUUGAAGUUGACUUGUAGCACAUGAUAAAUGAUAGACAAUUGAGGUAAGUUUUUUUUGAAGUUAUACAAUAUUUCACAUUUAAAUUUUUUUACAGUUUUUCUUUUGGCAGCAAUUUAAAUGUCACGAUCAUGUAAACUACUUCUCUUGUUAUUUUUUUCGUCACCUAGAUUUUUUUCCCAAUUGAGAAAAAUAUAUACUAAACAAAGCAGCAAUAAAAUAUAAUUACUCUAUUUGAGGGAAAUAUCUUGUUUUCUGCUGACAGAUUUUUUUUUUUAAAAAACGUCAUCCAAAUAAAUGCAGAAAAGAGGUGGAGCAAUGAUGCAGUGCAGAAUUGAUUUUUUUUUCUUUUUAAAGAAAAUCAUUAAAACAGUGAGAUUCACUUUGGCAGAAACAUCUGUUAUCUCGAUGAAGUUAUUUUUCCAUAUGAGGAAAAAAAUACUAGGAAAAAUAAAUCAUGGUGAUGUUGAAUAAAAGGUGCUUUUGUGUGCAAUAA